AUGCGACGCUUAGAUGAAGAUUUUGAGGCUUGCUGCAAUGAUGAAUCACUUCUUCACAUUGUGUGUGCAUUGGGAGCAAAAUUUCUGGCGCUCGAUAACCAAGAUCAGUUUUCGCCCGAGUCAAUACUGACAGCUGGCAACCAGUGGGCCAAAGUAGCCAAGGCUCGACUGUUUGUCGACUUGGACGAUCUUUCCUUAGAGAAACUGAUGACUGCAAUUCUUCUCUAUGAUCACGAUCUUCGGAUCGGAAGCUAUGCCUCUGCGUUUAUGCUUUCCGGGAUGACUGCAAGGAUGUCACAAGCAUUGCAAUUGAACCUUGAGAGCUCCUCCGACAUACUUUGCAAUGAGUCUGACUCUUCUUGCGCAGUGACUAAUGAGUCCAAGCGACGUUUAAUGUGGAGCUGCUAUGUUAUGGAUAGUUGGGUUGGUAGUGGUGUUAACCAACUCACUCUUCUUGAAGAUAAAGAUCUCAAGAUCCAACUUCCCUGUCAUAGCCAUAACUUUUCCCUGGGAACCGCUUGUGUUACCGAGACUUUGGAUGAAGGAAAGGUUCUCGGCUUCAUCCCGAGGGAACAGACUCCUUCACGGCCGGCCCAGAACAUGGGAAUUGAGGCCUAUUUCAUUCGCCUCGUAAGCAGCCGAAAGAAGGUUCUCCGUUACGUAAAGCAUCUGGAUACUUCCAAGCCGCCGUGGGAACCUGAUUCCGAAUUUCUGCAACUGACAACCGAAUUUGCAAACUGGCGGCGAUAUUUACCACAGAGUCUGAAGUGGAAUCCAGAGGCCAUCUAUGCCCGAAAAGAGUCAUCGCAGUUGGGUGCCUUGACACUACUUUGGUGUACUUAUUAUCAAACCUUGUGUGAUCUUUACCGGAUUGGCAUGCCAAAUCUAUUUCGCAUUCGACGACAUCAUGUUUUUCCACCAGUUCAGCAAGGUUUUCUCGAAGAUUGUCGUAAAGCUUGCUUUGACAAUUCUCGCGAGCUCUCAAAGAUUAUCGCUGAAGCAUCCCGGCAUGGGAUGAAAGCUCUGUCUGAUACUUGGCUAUGCAUUGUUUCCCAUGACAGUACAAAGGUCAUGUUAUAUUUCCUCAAGCUGAAUACACAGUCUCCCAAUAUUCUGAGUGCAUUUGAAGUCGAGGAAACCAUGGCUCUUGUCGAGAAGAACAUGAAAGCCCUGAAGCAAAUGAGGUCUUUGGUUGCAACAGCAGAGCAUUGUUAUCUAUCAGUUGUCAAAAUGAUGAUUGCAGCAGGUCUCCAUCCUCAACUUCCACAUGCUCCCAUAAGUGAGCGGGAGCCAGAGGCAAAUGACCAAGGGUCCUCUACUCCUGGGUCCCCAAUUCAAGAAUCACCUGAAGCUGUCUUGAAUCCCCUUGCAAUUUAUCGCAUGGCACGCACAGCUUUGCAUGGCAAAGAUUCUCGAGCAUCAACUUCCAAUUCUUCCUCAACCACAAACACAAACUCGCCUAGAUAUUUACAGUCCAGCACGCGUCACAGAUCUCGGCAGACUCCCGGACAGGAGCAAACACAAAGUCUAGAAAGAUCUCAGAUUGAUGAUAGGACGGACAUGUUACCACCUUUCGACCCUGGUUCCUCUCCAAUAAGACCUGAUGAUACGCCAUUCACCUUCAAUACUUUCCCACAAUUUCCACCCCUCGGCACUGUUGGGUCGUGGGAUCCUUCUGAAAUGGCUAUUAUUAAUAUGCUUGACGAUCGAACUACUCCUUGGUCUGCGGAAUACUUGACUGAUGUUUCCGAUAUUGGUCGGAAUGGGCCACUUCAUAUUUCUCGCCAGGUUUUGCUAACCGAGACACGAUUUUACAGAAAUGCUCUUGUCCAAGCCCGGACUAGCAAAAGCCAAAAGCUUGGAAAAAAUAUUUACAAUGGCAAGCAAGAGGGCCUCGUGCCCUGCAUUAGCUCCAUCUACAACGGAGUCCGGUACAAUAGCUCUGUGUAUCUUGCUGGAAACGGUAAUGUCGAUAUAAUGACUUCCACAGUCGCCACAAGGAUUACCAUAGAGAAUGAAACAGCAGUGAGCGUGACUGUCGUCGGUCCCGAUCAUAUUGAAGUGACCAGGGAAGCGAUGAAAGAGAUAAUCAUUGCCGCUGGCGUAUUCGAAACCCCCAAACUUCUACUUCUUUCUGGCGUGGGACCGAGGCGUGAGCUCGCCCGUCAUGGAAUCAAACCUGUUAUUAUUUCUGAGCAUGUGGGCGAGCAUCUCCUUGAUCAUACCGUUCUUCCGCAUGUAUUACGACUCAAGGAUGGGAUGGGGUUGGACCAUAUUCUUCUUCGAGAGGGACCUCCACAUGAUGCUGCCGUGGAACAAUACAAGAAAUAUCAAACAGGACCCCUGGCGAGUGGACUACUUGAGAUGCCUGUUUUCUGCGAUGUAUUCCAGUGGCAUUUUCCUGUUCGCCCUGAGGGAGACUGGUUGACUGUCAUUGUCCAUCUUCUUCAUCCCCAAUCGAAGCAUGGCUAUGUGAGACUGAACUCGGUAGAUCCAAGAGAACAGCCAGAUAUCAGCCUGAAUUACUUUUCCGAUGAAAUGGACAUCCUGGUUUGGAGAGAAGGUGUUUUGUUCGUGGAUGACCUAUUUCUCAAUGGUGAUGGGAUGAAGGAUAUUAUCCUGGAAGAUUAUCCGUGGCCCAUGCCUCGGGACUCGAAUGAGGAGAUGGAUCGCAUGGUUUUUGAUCGGUCGCAGACUGGCUAUCGUGAGCACGCUGUUUGCUACAAUGCGAAUCGUGUUUGA